AAAUCAAGGGGACGGCCACAACGCAAACGAUUCAGAACGGUCCAACUUCAUAGUCCCACAAACAGCCAACCGAACGACAUGGCAGAAACGUUAAACAAGCCGGUGAAGGACGACUUACCUGACGACCGUGGACCCGCCAAGAUGAGCCAAACGGUUGCGAAGUAUGAGAAGGAAGAAGGAGUAGCAGGUGAUGGUCUGUUCUAUGGAGCUAGGAAUGCGAAGGUGUUUGUUCCCAAGCCUAUGCCAAUGAUGCCUGCAUCACCUGGCUUGUUUGCAAACCAGACCCAUUCAGCUAGGCUAGAACCGACUUACAGUAAUUCAGCCGAGAUGAUAAAAAAUUCAUCAUUAUCCUCCACAUUGUCAAGCAGCCUCUCACCUGCCAGAGUUCUCCGACCGAACGCCAGUAGCCAUAUUCCAAUGGGACCCGCUGCAGCUGCUGCGAUCAGCGGCGUCGGACCCAUGCGGUUCCCACCAGGACCAUUGCCGUUGCAUUCUUCAAGUACUAAUUCCAAGGUUUCAGUUUUGAACAGCGGUUCUGCGUUUUCGUCGCUUGGCCAGCAGCAGCACUCUCUAACGAGUUCGAAUUCGUUGUCUUUUUCGUUAUCAAAUGCCUCUUAUUCGAGGCCGAGUGGUGGUGGCGGCAUGCUGUCUGUCAAUCCAAGUCUCAAUGCUGCUUCGUCAAAUUCAUUGCAUUCUGCGACAACAACAGCAGUCAGUGCAGGGGUGGCAUUAUCACCCGCUGUCCCUAGAAUAAGUGAAAUGUCAUCUCAGCCGUCAUUUCUGUCGAUAAACAGUACGGGUGGAGCAUUUCAACCAACGUCGUCUGUGAUAGCGAGUAGCAGUGAAUUGUCUGGUGGAUCAUUUAUUCCUUCGAUGGCUCCGUUUGGGGCGAACUUUAAUGCUGGUGUGACUAGAGUAAUUAACUCAAAUGUGAGUGGCUCUGCCAUGUCGACUGGGUCAGUUGCAGUUCGACAGCCGAAGAAAUCAGUGGUUGCUCAAAGUGUAACGAAUGCUAUCAAGAGCAAUAGCAACAUGUCUUCUUCAGGUAGUUCGACUUCUAUGGCAGCAGUAUCACACAUACCAGGAUUGAAAUCCGUCACAUUCAGUAAUGCCUCGGAAACACCAGAAACGAUGAGCAAGCUUUCCGUUGACUUUCGACUGCAGCCCGUUUCUUCAGGCUCAUUUUCCACUCACAUGUCCUCAGCAGUGGUGCCAUCGCUGUCCGUAAUUUCACGAGACCGGCAACCUGACAAAAGUGAAAAUUCAUUGGUCAGUAACAAGUAUACAGUUGCGGGCUUUGAUGCGUUGAGUGGACAGUCCACGAACGUUGUAAACUCGACGAACGUCUUGUUUGGGUACCCGAUGCCGUUCCAGUCGUCUUGCCUGACAAUGUCGAGUGAAUCGACGUCAAGACCGAUUGCGUCUGUAUCGGCUGCUGGAAAUCCCAUGAUGAUACCUUCCGUAUCCAGCGACAAACCGCAAGCAGGUUUCAGUCUUCCCAGUCACAGCUUCUUGGGUACCAACCCCGGACUCGCCCACACAGGUUCGACCGGCAACCUUGCCGUAAUAGGCGGAGGUCACCACCAGCCGGGGCUGAUGACGAUUGGACAGCAACUGCAACAACAGCCAUCGCAGCUCUCGGUCUACGGGAUGGGAACUCGACCGAGUAACACAAGCAGUCAAGCGUCGUGUAUCAGUCCCAGUGUCUCGCCACGACCGGCUCCCACGAUAUUGAGGAAGAGACCGAAUGAAAGUAUGAAGAGACACGAAGUGCAACCUCCAGACGGCCGGAUAAUGCAGGCCACCGGUUCUUUCAGUGCUAAAACAGGAUCCACCAAUAAACACGGGUUGGCAGACGGUUGUGUCUCUGACAAAAAGAUUUCUACUGGAGGCCCGAGGUCAUCAGCAAGUUCGAGUAUCUCCAUCCUGACGUGUACAGCCUCGAGUAUCUUUACUUCGUCUUUGAAACAAACGUUUGACGACGGCAACAAGGCGGACGCCAUCAGUUUGCUCGGUCACCUUCACAACUCUACGGCACCACCGAUCAAACAGGUGAACGCGUUUAAUCCUUUCGUCGGCCCGAAUGUGUCCCGGACUCCCGACAUGGUGACGGUUCCUAUGGAAACAGCAUCACCGAGGAAGAAGCCGCGGAAGCAGCAUUUUAUUACCACCGAUGAUCAGUAUGCAAGCAACGUUCCACUCGAAGAGGGAAACAACAAAUAUAAGGAAAUGGUGGACGAAGACGAUCAUUGGCACAAGGAACCGAAAGCGAGAGCAAUGAGUGGGCAAUCUGGGGUUACGAAGGAUUCGUUAGACAUAGAUGGAAUAUGUUAUCGUCGAUCUCACAUGGCCGGGUAUAGACUAAAGGCACCCGAUAACCAUUUCCUCAAAUACUCCGAUGCUCGAAGACGAGAGGAAAGGACUCUUGCACUCUCCGAGAUCUGUUCCCAGCGCGGGAUCAACAAACAGGUGUCGGGGUGGAAACUCGUACGAUUCGGCAGGCAACUCGACGAAUUGGCUGAUGUUGAAGACGAGGUGAAGAACAUAACGACGACAUUCCAGAAGGAGCUCCCGUCGCCUGCUGAUAGUCGAGUGACAUCAACAGAAGAAAGCGAAGUCGCUUUCUUGGCUGAAAUUGUACAGGAUGAUGUAGAAAGAAGUAAAGUUGUAAUAGAGCAAAUGCAAGAUGUAAAAAGGGCAGUGAAAGUGCUAUUGGAUCAUUCGUCACACAUAGGAGAAAUUCUACAGAAGCACACGAUGCGAAAGCCGCUGCCCUUUUCGAGACGUUCUAAACCCGAGAUGAUGCAGCAUCAAUAGCAUGUAGAGAGUUGAUGAUGAUACUUAUCACAGU